AUGAAUAAAAAUGACUUAAUAAAAACUGUGUCUAAAAUAAAAGAAGAAGAACUGAAUGAUUUAUAUGAAUGGUUAAAUAGCUUUACUUUAUCACGUAAAAUAAAAAAUAUACACAGAGAUUUUUCAGACGGAGUAUUGAUGGCUGAAUUGGUAAAUGUUUGCUUACCAAAAUUUGUUGAAUUACAUAAUUAUAGUAAAGCUCAUUCAAUAAAUCAAAAAAAAUAUAAUUGGAAUACUUUAAAUGAAAAGGUAUUUAAAAGAUUAGGUUUUAAAAUUGAUAAAAAAGGUGUUGAGGAAAUUGUUAAUUGCAAAUAUAUGGGUGUAGAAAAAGUUUUACACACUUUUAAAAAUCAACUAAAUAAAUUUCAAAAUGAAACGAAAGAUGAAAAUCUAAAUAUCUCACACGAAGAAAAAGAAAAAGCAAUUAGUGAAAAAGAAAAUUUACCUUUAAAUAAAGAAAAUGAUAUAUUGAAUGAAAUGAAUUCUGAUUUUUUAAAUAAUGAUGAAAUAAUUAAAAUAUUGAAAGAUAAAAUUUUUAAUUUAGAAAAACUGUUAAAAAUUAAAGAUAGUAAAAUAGAAAUUUUAAAUAGAAAAAUUGAUACUUUAAGUAGAAUGAAAAAUCAUUUUUAA